AUGUCUGACGAAAGAACUUUUAUUGCUAUUAAACCAGAUGGUGUCCAAAGAGGUUUGAUCUCUGCUAUCCUCGGUAGAUUCGAAAACAGAGGCUACAAAUUAGUCGGUAUCAAAUUGGUCCAACCAACCGAGUCCUUGUUGAGAACUCACUACGAAGACUUGCAAUCCAAGCCAUUCUUCCCAUCAUUGUUGUCAUACAUGUUGUCUGGCCCAGUCUUGGCCACCGUUUGGGAAGGUAAAGACGUUGUUAAGCAAGGUAGAGCCAUCUUGGGUGCCACUAACCCAUUGGCCUCAGCCCCAGGUACCAUCAGAGGUGACUUUGCCGUCGACAUGGGUAGAAACGUCUGUCACGGUUCAGACUCUGUUGAGAGCGCCAAGAAGGAAAUUGACUUGUGGUUCAAGCCAGAAGAAUUGGUUGACUACAAGCCAGCUUUGUUUGGAUGGAUCUACGAGUAA